AACUAUAAAACAAACACCCAAAAACACAUUAUAACCGUACCAAAACCCCAAAAACCCAUAGUAACCCAUCUGAAAACUCUUACAACCCAGAAAACACCCAUUAAAAACCCUAAAAUACCACCAAAAACCCGAAUUUGAGGACCAUUGCAAGAGGCGUUCCAGGAAUGGCAGAAUAUGAUCCAUGGAGGAAGAGUUUACCAUGGCUGAGCGCGGGUGACCAUAAUAAUGUGAUAAACCGCCCCAGGAGCCUCGUGUAGCGUCCCCCUAGGCAAGGCAGGGAGGCAUGGGGUCGCAGAGUGUGGAGGUGCUGCGGCAGGGGAUCUGGGCGUCCAUUACAGGGGGCUGGUUUUAUGAUCCCCACCAAGAUGUGUUCUGUAAUACUUUCCAUCUCUAUCUCUGGCUUUACCUCGUGUGUGCGCCCUUCUUUAUCUACGUGUACUGUGGGUGGUGGGUGGCGGGAUGGCUGGUGCACCUGGCCCUGCUGUCGGUGGUGGCGGUGGGGAUCAAGGCCGUCAACCACCUGCUCCACCACACCUUUGACACCACCGACUGUCUGGAGGAGGAGAUGACACCACCGCCGCUGCCUCCAGGAGGCCCCCCCACCACCGCCGCCACCACCGCCGCCACUGCCACAGCCUCCGCCAGCCCGGCACACUACCAGGGCUCCUCGCAGCAGCAGAGGAGUCGUUCCUUUGAGGCGAUAGAGAUGCAGGUGGUGGGGGGCGGGCCGGCCAGUGGUGGGGGGGAGAGUGAGACCCCCCCGGUGGGAUGUAGUUCCCGAAAUUCUAUCAUGGAUGCCGGAGCACAACCCCCAGCUACAAUAGACCUGAAGGCAGAUGUGCAUCACAAGGACAGCUCUGGCAGUGAGGAGGGUAGCAAGUGUGAAGCUGCUGCCUCCGCCACAGCUGCCAGCACCCCAAGGGACUCUCAGGACACCGGCAGGGGCGACAAGAGAACUAGAGCGGAGAGUGGCGGCAGCAGCAGCGGUGUUGGGUCGGGGCCAUACGGAGGGGAGUAUGGCCUGUGUGUGUCGGACAUCAUGCUGGCUGGUGUGGCGGAGAUCACCGAGUCACUGAACCACCCCAUCAUUGCCAAACACUCGCAGUCAGUGGCGUGGUGCGGUGGUGGCUGUGGCGGCGCCUUGCAUGGCGGCAGCAGCAGCAGCAUUGGGGGCAGCGCAGGGCGGGGACACAAGCGACUGAGGCGGAUAGUGGCCUCUGCUGGGUCCAUCGCCACCGCCACCGCCUCCCUCUGUGACUCCCAUUCUGUGGAUAUUGUUUACUCUAAAAGUGCCAAAGGAGAGAAGGGGAGCAGUGUCCAUUACCGUCCCAGCCUGCACGGGGGGACGGGCUCCCUAGGGCUGGAGGGAGGCCCAGGGGGUGGAGGCUCUUCCUCAGCUGCCCCCUCCCCUCCCUCCUCCCUUCCCUCCGCUGCUGAACCCCCUUCACACCCAGUCAGCUUGGAGGUGAUCACCAGUGAUGAGGGAAGCAGCAGACGUCAUCAUCAUCGCCACCACCAUAGUCACCACCACAGUCACCACCACAACCGUCACCACCACACCAGUAACAGUAGCAGUAGUACCAACAUUCACAACCAGCAGCAGCAGCAGCAGCAGGCAGCAGCACCACCAGUGACAUCAGGGAGUGGUGGUGGUGGUGGUGGAGGAAGUCACCGCCACCGCCACCACCACUCAGGGCCGCCACAGCAGCACCACAGUCGCAAGCUGUCACUGGGGCCACCCUCCUGGGGCCUGGAGGCUGCCAAUAUCUCUGUCAUUGAGGAGAGAGCCAACAGUGCCAGUGCCGUCAUCACCACCUCCUCCAACUCCACCGCCACCACCACCACCCCCUCGCCCUGUGACCGCUCCCCAACUGCUACAUGCUGCACCGCUAACAGUGAUGGGGAGACUGACGAGGAGGGUCCCGCCAAGGGGUCCCACUCCCCCCUGCUCACCCGCCAUCAGAGCCUGGAGGGCAAGGGGUCCGGUGGGCGGCGGGCGCGGUCUGGGGCGGCCCGGUUGGCCCAACACGCCCAGCGUGGCCCCAGCCGUGCCUACCGACCGCUGGUGUUCCGCAGCAGCUCCGCCAUCACCUCAAAGUUUGGAGAACGGCCGCGGGUGGAGAGUGGGUGUAACGAGAUGUCCCGGGUGUGCACCCUCACCUUUGAGAACAUGUAUGCUGAUGAGGAGAGCAGCUCAGACACACUGAGCGCUGUCAAGCUGUCUAGCAGCUCUGACGAGACCCUCAGCAGCUUGGCAGACAGACUCAGCCUGCAGGGCGCCCUGGGCUGCGACACCGGUGGUGCCAACUGUGGGGUAUCCGGGGAGGCCAGCCCCGACCACUGUGGGGGCCCCGGUGGCGACGGGGAGCAGCGGGCCAGUCCCAGGGAAGAGGGGGGCACCAGGCCAGCCAGGAGCCCUGGGGAGGUGGCAGGAGGCCGGGGGGCAGAGAGCCGGUCCCCUAGCCCAGGCUUGGACUGGCUCUUCUUCCACAGUGACUCAGACUCAGAGUCUGCUGACGUGGUGCGGGCUGGCAGUGGACACCCACGCCGCCUGUCCUCGCACCAGCUGAGUGACGAUGACAGCUGGAACAUGAUCCGCUCCUCCCCCGAGAGCCCCAUGGAGGUGCCCACCCACUCCUCCUCUGCCACGCAGGGUGCCAUCCCCAAGAAGCGGCGGCAGGGCGUGGUGGUGGAGGAGGCGGGGGAGGGGGAGCGGUCGGGCGGGGAGGCCACGGUGACCAUGGAGGACCUGGUGCGGCGGCUGCUGGACAUCCUGAACAGCUCACUGCACGACCCACAGCAGUGCCACCGUGACAUUCAGAAGCUGGUGGUACUGAAGCAGCGGCUGGAGCAGGAGGGUGGCAUCGGUAGCACCGCCAAGGGUGCCUCGCUCAUCUCUGAGGCCCAGGCCAACGUGGCUGCCGGCGCUGCUGCUGCUGCUGCUGCUGCUGCUGGUGGCACCGGCAAUGGCACCGGCAGUGGCGGCGGCAGUGGUGGUGGUGGUGGCGGCGGCAGCAGCAAUGCUGACCCAGAGCAGCCGGCUGAGACACACCUGUACAGGAAGCCGGCAGUGCGGCGGCGGCGACACGUGGCGGGCAACAACACCUCCUCCUCCCCUCCCUCCAACCCCAGUGAACCCCCCCAGGACAUAUCCACCCUCCUCACCACCACCCUUACCACAGCCCUCCCCACCACCAGCCUCACCACCACCCACUCCUCCACACCACCACCAACACCAGCCACACCACCAUCACCACCAACACCAGCCACACAACCAUCACCACCACCAUCACCACCACCAAGAGGGCCCCGCGGGGGUGGGGGGGACAGCGGGGAUGAAGGUGGCAGCAGCCGGCCUCACAGAGGGCCUCCUCCAGACAAGAGACCUGAAGGCAGUAGCAGUGGUGGUGGCGGCGGCGGGGUGGGGCCAUGGAAUGUGUCCCCUGCAGAGGGUGUGCCGCCGCUGUCCCCCGGCACCCACCUGGCCUUCUCCCAUGAGGACACCAGCGACGGCGCGGUGCACUGCUUCCAGGAUGAGCAGGGCAACUGGCUCACUUACACCUUCAACGACCGCGGCGUCAGCACCGCCUCCACCGUGCCGCCUGCCACCGACGCCAGGGUGCUCAACAAGCUGAGGCGCUGUGGCGGCACCAACACCAGUGCUGGCACUGGCACUGGCACCGGCGGGGUCACCAGCAGCAGCGGCAGUGGUGGGGUUGGUGGCGGUGGGUCAGGCAGCCAGAGUAGAGGCGGCAGUGGUGGUGGCAGCAGUGGGGGGCCCAUGGGUGGCCUGGCACGGGAGGACAGCUCCCUCAGCAGCUCCUCCAUGUCCCUGUGCUCCGGCCUCACCAUCAUUCUGGACAACCACUUCCCUCCCACCUCCCUCCCCCUCUCCCCACCACUCUGGCCAGACUUUGUCAAGGCUCCAGCCUCUCAGGCAUCCCCGGUCUCUGAGGGCACCAGCGGUUCCAUGGCAGUAGCUCACAGGAGGGGCUCAUGCCCCCCAGUCUCCGGCGGGCGGGACCCAGAUCGGAGUGGCCUGGAGGGCGCCGGAGACCCCAACCCUCUCCCCAUCCCCAUCCCCCUGGUGGCUGUGGGGCCGCGGGGCGGGCGGGACCUGCCCCUGCUGUCUUCUGAGAUGCGGCACCACGUGCAGCUGCUGAGCAUUGGGGCGCCCCAUAACCCACUGCACCUCUUCACCAAUGCAUUCUUUGAGCGGCGGCGCUCCAGCAACCGCACCCGUGGCGUCAUCACAUCCGAGGUGAUGGACACCAUCAGCCUGCAGGGCCGCAGCCUGGACGUGGACCUUGCCCUGGCCUCCAGCAAGCUCAAGUUCCCCACACCGGCCCCCCAGACCCUCCACUACUACCGGCUGCGUCUGUGCGGCAAGACCUCUGUCAGGGUGCGCUUUGACCGGCUAUUUCUGCUGGCCCUGCUGGACCGCAACGUCACCGUGUGGGAGAACAUGGCCUGUGUGUUCCUGGCGGUGCUGGUGGGUGUGCUGGGCUGCCUAGUGCUGCAGCGGGACUUCUACCGGGAGCAGGACGUGCUGUUCUUCUGCUUGGUGAUGGGCAGCUGCCAGUACUCUCUCUUCAAAAGUGUGCAGCCCGACGCUGCCUCGCCCACGCACGGCUACAACCGUGUUGUGCUGUACAGCAGGUCGGUGUACUUUGUGCUGUGUUGCAGCCUCAUCCUGCUGCUGCAGCUUUACCUGGACAGCAGUGGGGAGCGGGUGCAGUUUGUGCUGUACGGCCUGGACUUCACCAACCCAGACCUGCUGCUGCAGUGCCGAGAUGUGCUGCUGCUGUUUGUGCUGUUCUUCCCGCUCAUCUUCAGCCUGGGCCUGCUUCCGCAGAUCAACACCUUCCUCAUGUACCUGCUGGAGCAGACGGACAUCCAUGUGUUCGGCGGCAACGCCACCACCAGCCUGGUGUCCGCCCUCUACUGCGUCGGCCGCUCCCUCCUCACUGUCCUCUUCCUGUUUGGCUUUGCCUAUGGCGGCCUGAGGGAGGAGGAGGCACAGACGCAGCACAUCCUGUACUCCAUCUUCUGUGGCCUGGCCGUGGCCUUCAGCUACCAUCUCAGCCGCUCCACCUCUGAUCCCACCACCCUGUGGCGCCUCAUCCAGCAGCACAUGUGGCCCGAGGAGCUGCGGCGGGAGGGGGGCUCUGACGCACCCCAGCCCCCCCAAGAGGCGGACGAGCUGACAGACCCGCUACCGGAGAAGCUGCGGGGCACGGUGCACUCCCGGCUGGUGCGCGCCAUUGCCUGCACCGCCACUGCCGUCCUCAUCUUUGCCAUCCACUCCAGUACCGUGUUCACCGUGCUGCUGGACGGGGACGGCCCUAACCUUUUCACUGGCCUGUGGAUCUUUGCCAGCCUGCUGGGCUUCCUCACGCACUAUGUGGUGCCGCAGUUGAGGAAGCAGCUGCCCUGGCUGUGCGUAGCCCACCCCGUGUGCCGCUCCCACGAGUACAGCCAGUUUGAGGUGUACGACGCCGCCAAGAUCAUGUGGUUUGAGCGGCUGUAUGUGUGGCUGUGCAUCCUGGAGAAGAACGUGGUGUACCCUCUGCUGUUCCUGUGUGCCUUAACCAAAGACGCCCCCAUCCUGGUGCGCAAGUUUGGGGUGAACGUGGGCACGCUGAUCACUGUGGUGUGCGGCGUCAAGUGCCUGCGCAGCGUGUACUCCCAGCCGCAGUUCCAGUACCUCACGCUGGCCUUCGCCAAGCUGUUCUUUACCUGGGACUUCAAGGGCAAGUCGGAGACCUUCAUUGUGGACUACUUUGUGAUGGGCGUCAUCUUCACCCGCGUGUACGAGUUCCUCCUCAAGAUGAAGUUCAUCGUCACCUACAUCGCCCCCUGGCAGAUCACCUGGGGCUCCGCCUUUCACGCCUUCGCCCAGCCCUUCAGCGUGCCACACUCUGCCAUGCUGUUCGUGCAGGCCGCCGUCUCCGCCAUCCUCUCCACCCCGCUCAACCCUAUCCUGGGGUCGGCCAUCUUCAUCACCUCCUACAUCCGCCCCAUCAAGUUCUGGGAGAGGGACUACAACACCAAGCGGGUGGACCACUCCAACACCCGCCUCUCCUCACACCUGGAGCGUAACCCUGGCUCCGAUGACAACAACCUCAACUCCAUCUUCUACGAGCACCUCACCCGCUCUCUCCAGCACUCCCUCUGUGGCGACCUCAUGCUGGGGCGGUGGGGCGUGGUGGGCCAGGGGGACUGCUUCGUGCUGGCGUCAGACUACCUCAACUGCCUGGUGCACGUCAUCGAGCUGGGCAACGGCCUGGUCACCUUCCAGAUGCGUGGCCUUGAGUUCCGCGGCACCUACUGCCAGCAGCGCGAAGUGGAGGCCAUCUCGGAGGGUGUGGAGGAGGACGCAGGUUGCUGCUGCUGUGAGCCGGGCCACCUGCCUCACCUGCUGAGUGCCAACGCGGCCUUCAACCAGCGGUGGCUGGCCUGGGAGGUUACAGCCACAAAGUACGUCCUUGAGGGUUACUCCAUCUCAGACAACUCCGCCGCCUCAAUGCUCCAGAUAUUUGAACUCCGCAAGAUUCUCAUUACCUACUACGUGAAGAGCAUCAUCUUCUACACAGUGAGGUCAAGCCGUCUGCGGGAGUGGCUGCAGAAGGCGGAGAUCGACGCCUCGUUGGCCCACACACGGGACAAGAAGUUUGUGGACCUGGACCCAAUGUUUAACCUCAACAUUGACGAGGAUUAUGACUUUAAGGAGUCCGGCAUCACUCGCAACAGCUUCUGCAACGUGUACCAUGAGUGGGUGGUGUACUGCGUUUCCAGGAGGGAGAGCGAGAACCCGGAGGAGAGGGAGGAGCCGUUGGAGAGUGGAAGGGAGUCACAGCUCAUCUCCCUUUGUCUGGCACUCAGUCUAUUAGGGAGACGCGCUUUAUGGGCUGCCUCGCACAACGCCAUGUCAAGUGUGGAGUUCUUUCUUCACGGCCUGCACACACUCUUCAAGGGCGACUUCCGUAUCACCUCCAUGCGUGACGAGUGGGUGUUCUCGGACAUGGAGCUGCUGAGGAAGGUGGUGGCGCCUGGAGUAAGGAUGAGUCUUAAGCUGCACCAGGACCACUUCAUGCUACCUGAUGAAUACGACAACCAUGAGUCUUUGUACAAUGCCAUCCUGGAGCACGAGUCACAGCUGGUCAUCUCCCACGAAGGCGACCCAACUUGGCGUAACGCUGUGCUGUCCGGCAAGCCCUCCCUCCUCGCCCUCAGGCAUGUGAUGGAUGAUGGUGCGGAUGAGUAUAAGAUUAUUAUGCUCAACAAACGCCACCUGUCCUUUCGAGUGAUCAAGGUGAACCGGGAGUGUGUGCGGGGCCUGUGGGCGGGGCAGCAGCAGGAGCUUGUGUACCUACGCAACCGGAACCCUGAGAGAGGCUCCAUCCAGAAUGCCAAGCAGGCCCUUCGGAACAUCAUCAACUCCUCGUGCGACCAGCCCAUCGGUUACCCCAUCUAUGUGUCGCCGCUCACCACCUCCUACAGCAACACCAAUGAGCAGAUCAGUGCCAUCUGUGGCCGCCCCAUCAGCCUCACCCUCAUCAAGGAGACGCUCAUUGGGGUGUGGAAGAGGGUGCGGCAGCGGUGCGGCGAGGGUUGUUCCAGCGGAAGUUCUGGCCUGAAUGACGAGUGCAGCCGAGCUGCUGAACCACACCACCCCAACAUUCCCCUCCACCAGGUGCUGACCACGGUGCCGGCCAGCCUGGGGUCCGGGGGCAGCCAGGAUGGCUCACAGGUGGGCGGCCUUAGCCUGGUGACGGCAACGGGCAGCCUGGGGCAUGGCAGCCUGGGGCGGGGUGGCUCUUUAUCACGGGGCUCCCUACAGGCCAACCGGGGCUCCAUCGUGAGCGACGUGUCCUCCCUGGUGGGUGGCCGUGCCAAUAAGCAGUCCACCUCCACCCUGGCCAGCAUGGCCGGCCUGCUGUGGGACACCACCACCAGCCUGGGCCGCCUGGACCCCCGGGACCGUGACGGCCUGAGUGAGGGCUCUGCCAGCAGCAAGGACCGGGAGUGGAGUGGCCGAGAGCCGUCCCUGCAUGGGGGGCGGGACGGGGGGUCCAUCCACAGCGGACGGGAAGGCUCCCUCCACAGUGGUCGGGAGCCGUCCCUGCACAGCGGCAGAGAGCCUUCCCUCCACAGCAUGCGUGAGUCUUCCCUCCACAGUGGUAGGGACCCCUCCCUCCACGGCACACGGGAGUCCUUCCACAGUGGACGGGAGACCUCCCUGCCUGGGGGCCGGGAGGGGUCCCUGCCCGGUGGGGAGAAGAGAACAUCCCGCCAGGGUCUUCCCUCUGGCAGCCGCAGCACUCCAUCCUCCUCCCUGUCCACCCCUGCCCGGGAUGUGGCCCCCACCGUGCUUCCCGGCCCCAGGGAGACUCACGUGCGGGACACCGCCUGGGACAGUGCUGGCCCCAGGGAGGACUGCACCACCCUGCAGGAGGACCCUGAGGAAAAGUUCACUACGCCGCCCCCGCCAGACAGACACAUCCAGCGUGUCAGGAUCAUUGACGCCAACCAGGUUUACGACACUCUCAACCUUGGCCGCCGCAUUGAUGUGCUGUGGCCGGAUGAGGGGAUGAGGAAGCGCGGCGGCCGGAGCUUCUGGGGCCACUGGGUACCAGUGGAGGGCAUGGAGGGUCCCGUGGUGCAUACCUGGACCCCGCACCACCCCGACCCACGCUUCCGCUCCCACGUGGACCGCUCCAUCCUGUUGGUACAGGUAGACGACAAGUUUGUGCCCGUGGCCCAGGGAGCCGUGCAGGACCUGGGGGCCGAGGUGUAGCUGCCACCGUUGCCGCCGCUGCCACUGCUGGGUUGCCGUUUUAUACAUAGCCAAGGUCCCGUGUGUCCCGUGUUUUGUGGGACGCUCGCAGGACGUUCCUGUUUUAUACUAGUUGAUAAUUUUUCACAUGGCUUAUUUGAUUUGUGCAUCCUGUGAUGGAAGAGUGAGUUUGUCCUCAGCUUGUGAUGGAGGCUCCACCCUUGGCUCACAUUUGUAAGACUAAACACUCACAGAAAGCAUCAAGCCGGCCAGGCACUGGCUGGUGUGUGUGGGAGGCAGUGUGUGGUGCCAGUGUGAGCCGUCACAGUGGGGCCACAGGGAAGUGUGUGUGCCCUGAGCGGCUCAUCUGCUGGUGGCUCCCCCCACAUCGCCUGUCACCACCUGUCCUCCCCUCGGGGCGAGGACGGGGCAGAACAAAUCACAAGUUUCUCAGCCCUGUACUUCAUGUGCUUCCGUGUGUAAUAUAAUUUUUCUAUUUGCAACAAUACAAAGCAGGUCAGUUCUGGAGAAAUUUGGUUUAGGCGAGACUUGAAACCAGUACACGCUAGGCUGCCUCGUCCCUCACCGGCCAAACGACUCCUUAGUAGUGUAGCUUGCACAAAGGGACACACACACACACACACACACACACACACACACACACACACACACACACACACACACACACACACACACACACACACACACACACACACACACACACACACACACACACACACACACACACCCUACCCUCAGAUUUUCUCAUAAGCUCUUUGUACUUAAGGCAAGGCAAGUCAGUUGCAGUAUGGAAGGACAGACCAAGGCUUAUUCUUGUCUCCACAGCCCUGCGUGGGGGAAGUAGUCCGUUCAUUGCAAUCCCCCGGGGUAUCUAGAGUGAAGGCAGGGGUGUGACGCAACCACUGCCCCACGCACACACACACACACACGCACAAUGCAGUGGUGGUUGUGGUGGUGGUGGUGGCAGUGGCCAUUUUCCUAACCCACCUUGAGAUAUUAGGAGUUGUUAUCCUGUUGAUCUUGAGAAGUACUUAGCUGAGGAUGGUGUAAGGUAGUUCCCCCUUCCUCCUCCUUUGGUCCUCCUCGCCUCCUUGCCUCCCUUUAGCUGGAGGGACGGUGCCAUUUUUCCAGACUCAAACCUUGUCAUUCCAUUGUUUUUGUGUUCAAGGGCCCAGUAACUCAUCUGCCAGUGUGAGUGUGGCCUGGGCGCUGCUGGUGGUUGAGGUGACUGCCAACUCCUGUAUCCAAACGGAGGAGUGGACGUGUCUCAUCUCUGUUUGGCGUGUUUUUUUAUUAUUAUUAUUGUUGUCUUUUUUUCCCUCGCUGCGUCUGUUUGGUGAUGUGAAGUGAAGAUGCGAUGAGCUUAUUUUUUUGUGUUUUUUGUGUCUGUUUGAGCUGGCUUUUAUUGUUGUUAUUAUUAUUUUCCUCGUACGUAUGUGUAUGUGUGUGUGUGUGUGUGUGUGUGCCUGCAGGUUACAAAUUGAGCAGGUAGAUUUGGGAGAUGGUGUGUGUGUGUGUGUGUGUGUAUGUGAGUGUAUGUGUGUUUUACAAGGAAGUUUGUUUUUAGCAUUGAAUGUUUGUGUGUGGUGGUGAUGUAGCGUCUCAUUCAAGGUGGAGUGAGUGUCUUGCUGCAUCGGAUCGCUUUUAUUUUCCCUGUGAUGUUGUGAGAGAGAAAGAGAGAGAGAUAGCCAAGAGAUACUGUUUUUAAAGUGGUCAGAUGAAGUGCUUCAAGUUCUCAGGUUUUAUUUAAUUUCCACAAGUCGAAUUGGAAAUUGAAACAAUAAAAGAAAAAACUAAUAACAAUGAGACAUCCCUUUUAUAUAUUAUCUGACAGAAAGUAUGAAGUAUUACGGCAGAAAGUUUGUCAGAAAGUCUCUGUAUUUUGAGGUGUACGUGUGUGUUUUUAUCCAAGGUUCCUCUGUAUUUAGCAUUGGGUGGCUGACUUCACAACACCAGUAUGUCAGGAGGGUAAGAGUUGUCAGGAGAGCUUAGUGUGCCGCUGAGAUCACCAUGUCUGUGCUGAGUGGCAGAGCUGCGUCCAUUGCCUUUGUAUUCCUGUCAUAUCGUAAAUGUUAUCCAUGUGGUGAGUGUGUGUACGUGUGUAUGUAUGUAUGUGUGUGUUUAUGAAGGAAAUCCUGUUAUCAUCAGUAGGAUACGAUCUUUUUAUUAUUUUAUUUUAUUUUAGGAUAUUUUUCUCAGGGGAUGUGUUAUUAAGUGUGUUUGAACGCAAAUUAGUGAAGAACUAGUGAAACCUUGCGGUGAAGGACUAACAGUGCUGGCCAAACAUUGCACUGCUUCACUUCAAUUCAGCUUAUGCCUCAACUAAUUUACUCAGUUGUGUGUGUGCGUCAGUGUGUGUGUGUGUUUGUUGAGGUGAAGAGAAGCCAUGAAGUAAGGACAACAGUAUUAAGCCAGGGCCAGAAGAAGAAGCCAGCUCUCAACGUUUGCCUUGCUGCUUCCACUUGACUCCCGCGUUACAUGUGAAGCGAGACGUCAUUGUCGUCCUCAAAUAGUUCAAUAUUUUCCUACCGAAUGAAGAGCUGUGAUUGAAGAACACUAUGAGCCAUUCUUUCACCUGCUGGAUAAAAGUUGUGCUGUGCAACGGUCGUGUAUAAAAGGCAUUACACAUUAGCAAUCACUUCAGGAGACUGUCGGGCGAGUGGAUCUCAAGUGUGGGGGCUUUCAGAAGCAGGCGUUUCAGAGGCGAGGGCGUGAUGUGUUCAUGGCCCCACCGCUCCUGGAGGGGUUUAGGGUGAGAGAAGAUAGCACUCUGUAGCAGAGAAUUUUUAAUAGUUCGUAGCUUACGGCUUCUUUGCUCUACACUUAGUGGUGAGUCCUCUCGUCCUCUUUUCUGUGCAAUAUCGUCCCUUCCUCCUGCAGCAUUUCUCACCGGAGUGAUGGUGUCUAGUGGCGGGCGUGGGGAGGGCCACUGCACUGUGCCAGGGAGGGAGGGAGGGAGGGUGGGCAGUGGUCCUUGGUGAGUUGGGGUGCAUUGCAGUGUUCCUUGCCUGCCCAGGUUGUAGAGCCACACGGUGGGUCCCUCGCCGCCCCGUGCCGGCGCAGGGAACACCUUCAUCCUAGCGUUUUGUUCUCCUUAGUCUUGUUUAUUCAGAAUAUGGAAUGUUUGUAUACAAAUAAGGGAUAUUCCAUAUUUUCAUUUAGAAGCACAUUUACCUAAGCAGUUAUACAUGCAUACACAUAAUAUUAAGCACUCUCAUGCUCUAGCAGACUUGCAUAAACACUAGGCUAUGUACAAACAUUCAGGUGAGGGUGACGGCCAACAGAGCUGAUCUUAGCUUCUAGUUGUUUCUUGUUAUAUAGUAGCUGCUUGGAGACAGGAAGAAGUAGUGUUACAUUGGUGCUUUGAUACUGCACAGGGAGGUGUGUGCGUGCGUGCGUGUGUGUACGUGUGUGCCUGUGUUUGUUUAUGAGCAAAAAAUGGAUGUAAGAUGUAAAGUUUCCCAACAGAUUAUUUUACCUAAUGUUUGAAGACGCCGUGUGUGAUGAGGUGCUAGUGCGGUAGGGGGCAGUGGGGACGCCUCCUGGGACCCUCGCUGCGAUGACCCGGUGGUGUGGGGGCGGCUGGCUCACCUCACCGCCCGUCAGACACAAACUGACCUGUGGUGAAGCCCGAGCGGUGGUCAAGCGUAACGUGGUGUAACCAAGCUUGACCCACCACCGCCGCCCCCCACACUGACACGACCCGUUUUGUAACCCGACAUUUGUGAGAAGAAGUAUUUAUUGGGCGUGUGCAUGAGUGAAUGUGGUAGACUUUCUCUAUGAGUUACUGUGAUAACAAAACAAUGAGGUGGUUAGAGGGCGUGAGAGCUGCCACAGUGUUCCUUUCCUUCACUCCUCAUUUGGUGUUUUUAUGUGAUAUCAAUCCCUGUUGUGCUGGAGCCCUGACUCGUGCACUCUUGUUGUUAUUAUCUUUAUCAUUAUUACUAUUGACAUUACUAUGUACAUUAUUAUUACUAUUAUUAUUAUUAUUAUUAUUAUUAUUAUUAUUAUUAUUAUUAUUAUUAUUAUUAUUGUUAUUAUUAUUACUACUGAGUUCUCAAGCUUUUGUCAUAUGAUUCCUGUGAGUGGUGGAUGCAUUGUCAUACUUUUUGCUCCUCUUCUCAAAUUAUAUAUGUUUUUUUUCCUCUUAAGUUAUCGAUAUAAUUUUCCUGUUUUCUUGAGUUAUAGAUUUACCUUCCUGUGUUAGAGAUCCAUGUUUGUCUCUUCCUGGGUUCUACAUCUACUAAUCCUUAGCUUCUUGGCCACACCAGUGUUCUCGAUGCACUCACAGAUACUCUGGGCUGGUGAGUUGGGACAUGUUAUGGGGGACUGUCAUUGCCUUCUACUCUCACUGACUGUUGUGUGCUUCCCUGCCUUAGAAUGUACUGUAAAUUUGCCUAUACCCACCAAAACUGCGAUCAUUUGUAAGGUACCAGUUUAUUUGUACUACUUGGUAUCUUAUUGCAUGGAUUUGAGUAGUGAGGGAUUGUGGUGGUGAAAGAGAUAUAGGAUGGAGAACCUGGUCUUUAUUUCUCUGUAUGUUUCGACAGAUGACUCACUGUUGUAAUGUUAGAGAAGCAAUGAUGUCCUGCUUCAUUCUGUACUUCCUCACCACCACAAUCCACUCACUUAUAAAGAGAGAAACGGUGAAUUUGCCACAUGCUUUGAGAUAAGACAGGGAUGUGGAGGCCAGUCAGUGAGUGAGGAUGUGAGGUAGUGGCAGUUUAGAGUGACUGGGUUCCUUCACCAGACUGUGUGGCGGAGUGCUGUGUGUUGUGCAUCUCCCUGACACAGACACAGAGGUUAAACACUUGCAAGGCUACUGCUAAUGCUCCUCCCUGGCCUAAGAUGUGUUCAUUUAUAGCAAACACACACACACACACACACACACACACACACACACACACACACACACACACACACACACACACACACACACACACACACACACACACACACACACACACACACACACACACACACACACACACACACACAGAGUAAAGCAUUUGGCCUUCACUAGGUGCUAUCAAGAGGCCAAGAAACACACACACACACACACACACACACACACACACACACACACACACACACACACACACACAGACAGACAGACAGACAGACAGACAGACACACACACACACACACACACACACACACACACACACACACACACACACACACACACACACACACACACUAGGGGGGCCAGUUGUGCUUCAUGAGAGAAAUUUUCUUCUUUUCUCUUUAAUUUUCAUUGAGUAUCCAUUUUAUUUUAUAUUUUACCUUUCAUAAGUUAAUUCUCAUUCAUGUGUGAGUGUAUGAAAGAGAGAGAGAGAGAGAGAGAGAGUGUGGUGUGGUGCGGUAAUGGUGGUGUGGCUUUGGGAGUGUGGACUUUGUGGUGUUUUAGUGCAGUGUGGCUGUGGUGGGGCCAGGCAUGUCUAGAUCCCCUCCCCCCCUCCCCUCCUUUCAGAGCAUUAACAUGUGAAUCAGUAACUUAUUGUAAUGUUCCGGUGUCUUACUUUCAAACACGUCAAGAGAGAGAGAGAGAGAGAAAGAGAUAAUUAGUUUGGCCGUGUUAAGGUUUACGGUACAUUUAUUAUUUUGGGUUGUGAGAUUGAUAGUGUUUCUCGGUAUUGUACAUAAGAGUUCUAUGAUGGAAGGUGUAACACUGUAGCUGGUAUGGACUUGUAUGGACUUGAUUGAGAGUCUGGAAUCAGCCAAACAUAGCCGAUAAAAGAGUAACAGAGAAAUUUAUUGUUGUGCCGAAUCACUUUCCACCGUCAGUUCCAAAAUGUUCACGACGUCUUAACGCAACAAAAUCAUGUAGUACCUGCCUUAGUUAUUGUUUAUAUACACUCAGGAAAUUAACAGCAACAGUCAUUCUCGUGUUAUAAGACUCAUUGUAAACUUGCAGUAUAAGGGAAGUUACUCCAACAUACCCAUUGUAUUAACUGUGCUGGGAUGACGCUAGAGAAUUAAUGAUGGAAUAUAACUUGGGUACCACAACUCCACACGACAGACAGACAGACAUAGCAUUCUUGUCCUGGCUGUGGUGGUGUAGCUUUUGAUUAUUUUGCUGCUUUGGUUGUGCCAUUAAAAAAAAGACUUAACAUAAGAACACAAGGGAAGGUGCCAGGAGCCAUUGGGCCUACGUGUGGCAGUCUCUCCCUUAACGCACCAGCCAUACUAACGUGUAAAGAUAGUAUAACACCUCAAACACUGGAAAGGGAACAUGGAAGAGUGUGUUUUGUGCUUCAUAUAUGUUUCGUCAUGUGACUCGAUGCCUUCACACACAAGCACACACACUCACAAUGUUCCAAUGAUGUACCAACGAAGGUUCAUGUUAUUGCACUAACUCUCAUCUCUGACAGUACAGUUGUGGCCAGGAGUCAUGUUAGCCUGCCACACCUCUGCCACUACCAUGCUGUGUCUCAUCCCUCACUGGUCUGGUAAUGGAAUGUCAGGUGUCAUGAGAUGGCCGGCAGACCACAACCUUAGGACGGAGACACAGCAGUGGAGGUGGCAAGGUGGCAAGAGUUCCUACCUGUGCCAUGUCCUUCCUCAGUCCUCAGUGACCUGGUAACAACUCUGGUUUGAUGAGGUUGGUGGCAGGACAUGGGGGAGUUAAGAGUGUGUGAGGCUACAUAAUUCCUGGUCCCAACUGCACAUACCUAGAGGAGGUGUGUUUGGAUUCCUGCCCCCCCUGACCACCUCACUGGCACACUCAGCCCCCUCCCACUGCCCUACCCCGUCAGGUAAAGGGUAGACUCUAGGCCUUAUAAACUUGAUGUGGAGGGAGCCAGGUUAGCUCAUUAUUAUUAUCCUUUUUUUUUUCUGGUGUUGUUGACAGAAUGUUUUAGAAAAGCCUCACCCAGAGUAAUAUAUUGUUGGUGUUGAGUGUAUAUAAUAUGUACAUAAGGUUGUGUAUAUAGUGUAUAUUACAGAAAAUCAAAUGGAGGGAUGUAUGGUUAUUUAACUAUCAUUACUAUUAUAAUGUUAUAGAUUCAAAGCUCCUUACUUUUUCAUACAAUAAAAUGAAGAAUGGA